AAAUAGUGUUCAGUGAACGUUGUUAAUCUGGAACCUAGUCUUUGUCAUUUUAAAUUAAAGUUAGUAGCAGAAGAUGGCUAAUAACUACAAUUUGCCACCUCGCUUCGUCGAGGAGAGGUCGUAUGAAAGUUGGAAAAAUUAACUUGGAAUCUGGACACUUGAUUAUUUACUAAUCUGGACGAGAAAAAGCAAGCACGUGCAAGUGGUAUUAUCCCUCCUUUGAGGAUUUGAACAAGGAUGACGGUAUGAUAAAUUUAAUCAGAGCACUGGUUUCUGUGUUUCUUAAAGAGAAAGACGGUGCCUACGAGGCAUAAUUCAAACUGACAGUUAACGUUAGAGACAUUUCGGUUGCGUUGACGGACUACAUAAUUGAUUUCGAAUAGCGGUAGAAAAGGAUGCGCAAGUACGACAUGGUUCUCCUGGAUGCAGCUUUCAAGUUGCUCGAUCCUGCCUGGAUGUUUGGAGUCAUGCCUAUACGUCGUGCAGCUAGGACACCACCCCAGGAGAUGCCCCCCUCGGCUGCACCAGAGGGAGAGCCUGAUGCCAGUUCUGAGGAGUCUGCCUCUGUUGAGGAGGAGCAGGAGAUGGCAUCCGCUGCCCUAGUAGCCAAGGAGGGGGAGGGCACAGGUGAAGGAGAGACUAAAGAGAAUGGUGAGAAACCUGAGGGAGAGAAAGGUGAUGAAUCGACUGGAGAGAAGACUGCUGAGGGGGAAGAGUCUGAGAAGAAAGAAGAGAAGGAUGGUGUGAAAGAGAAAGUGAAGAAGCCAGUGAAAAGGGCCAUUCCCGCCUGGGCAACCAUGUCUGCCAGCAAACGUGCAACGCUCACUAAUAAGAGCACCUCCACCAUGCAGCUGCCUAAGAUGGACGACAUCCUCAUCGAGGCCAUUGAGUCCUGCAAGGAGAGAACUGGGGCCUCAGCCCAUUCUGUCAUGAAGUACAUUGUGAAGAAAUACCCUAACCUAGAGAAGAGGAAAUUCCUCCUUAAGAAGGCUCUAAAGAGGCAGCUGGAGAAGGGCACCGUCAAACAGCUAAAGGGUAAAGGCCUUUCUGGGAGCUUUACCAUUGGGAAGCAGUCCUCUAAUAAACCAACUGCAAAAGGGAAGCCGAUCGUCGUGGCACCUGGGUUGAAGGCAGAGACCCUUGGGGAUGCUCUGCCCCUGAUCAUCACACGGCUAUGUGAGCCCAAAGAGGCGUCUUAUAUCCUGAUCAAGAAAUAUGUGGAGCAGCACUUCCCUCAACUCAACGUGGAGCAUAGGCCAGAUAUCCUAAAGAGUGCCCUGGUGAGAGCUGUGGACAAGGGUCAUCUGGAGCAGAUCACUGGAAAAGGUGCCUCUGGAACAUUUCAGCUGAAGCGGGAAGGGGGCAAGUUCCUGCUUAAAGGCGGGCCCCUGGAGGACGCUAUCAUGACAGCCAUUGUGGCAAUGAACGAACCCAAGACUUGCAGCACCACCACACUCCGCAAAUUCCUGUUAGAGACAAACCAGGACAGCAUGGAGUACCGUGUGGUGAACAACCUGAAGAGGACCCUGCAGAAGUGCAAAAUGAUGGGCUGGAUGGAUCAGAUCACUGGGAAUGGGCUAAACGGAACCUACCAGCUCUGCUACCCUUACUACCCCAGCCCAGCCAUUCUGUUCCCUGAAAAACAGAACGUGAAGGAGCAGAAAGUGGCGGAGAAGGAUAAACGCAGAAAGGGGGUUGACUUGUCUGAUGAGGACUCUGAUGAGGAGGAAGAGGACUCGUCCGAGGAAGAGGAGUCAGAUGAUGAACCCCCUCCUAAGAGGAAAGCUGGGAAGAGGCCACCGCCUAAAGCGCGUCGUCCCCCCCCCAGCAAGAAGUCUCGGCCGGCAAGUCAGUCAAGGGCUAAGGGCAAAAAAAGAGCUGCCCCAGCCAAGAGGUCUGCACCCCCAGCCAAGAAGUCUGCACCCCCAGCCAAGAAGUCUGCACCCCCAGCCAAGAAGUCUGCACCCCCAGCCAAGAAGUCUGCACCCCCAGCCAAGAAGUCUGCACCCCCAGCCAAGAGGUCUGCACCCCCAGCCAAGAGGUCUGCACCCCCAGCCAAGAGGUCUGCACCCCCAGCCAAGAGGUCCCCCCCAGCCAAGAGGUCUGCACCCCCAGCCAAGAGGUCUGCACCCCCACCAGUGAAGGUAUCCCCACCAGUCAAGGCACCCCCACCAGUCAAGAAAGCUGCACCUGCGAGCAAGCCCAAAACGCCCAUCAUCAAAAAGCUGAUGAGCAAGGCAUCUAAGCGGCCAACGCCCAAAAAGUCACCUCCUGCAAAGAAGGCAGCAGCCAAUUCUGCAGUGAAGGCCAAGCCAGCAGCUCGCAAGUCCCUGAGGGGGAAGAAGUGAGUUUACUAUUGCCCAGCAGUGGAAGUUUAACUGUAGCUCUGAAGACAGUGGUGCUCUGCCUCUCUCCAUGCUCUCUUUCGCAUCAUUGUUUUCCUCCAGUUUGGGGCUAUAGAAUUAUUUUCUCUGUAGGAUUGGGAUGUGGCAGUUAUUAGUUCAUGUCAAUUUACUGUACUUGGGAACUGUUCUAUUUCUGUGAACCCAACUUUUAAUCUCCAUUGUGUAGAAUGGCCUCUUAAAAUAUGUAAAACUGCCUAGGUAAAGAAUUGUGAAAUUUCCAUCACUACUUUUAUUUCCCUCACACACUUAAUUUUGAUAAUGUAUAGGCAGAGAUCCAGAAUCAGUGACUUUUACUUUUUUAAUUUUGUCCCAGUCCACUCUACCAUGUUUUACCUGGACACAUUCCUUUUAUCAAAUAAUUUGUUUAGCAUUUUGGAAACUUUCUUCCUCUACAACAUUUUUGAUUUCUCUACAUUUAAUCUGGAGUGAACUCAUCUUAAAGGAUAUUGAGAUUUAUGUUAUUAAGUGAAUUUGAGAGCAUAAUGACAGACAACUUUUCAUGUAAUGAAUUAUUGUUUAUUACGAAUUCUGUUAUUUAAAUGAUCGUAUGAGUGAAACAUAUCCAUCGCUGGGCCUGUGGUUAAAAUACUUAAUUUGAUUGGAGACUAACUGAUCAGGAAGCACUGUUUGUCAUUGAUUUUCAGUACUACUGCAUAGUAUUAGGGGAUUUUUUUGUGUGUGUAAACAAACAAGCUAAUCAAAGUGAAUUGGUUGUGUACUAUAAAGCGAAAAAGAAAACAGACCAAUACAAUCUUCUACGUUCUGUGUAAUAGUGAAAGAUUGUGAAUAACACACUUUGUUUUGAAGGAGCGUAGCUCAUACCCUGCAUGCAUGCGUGUACUCUUUAUGUUAUGCUUUUUCCCAAGUCAUUAUUAAAAUGGCUAUAUUUGUA